UCUGCCAGUUUAUAAAAUGACGACUAGUUGUCAAAGAGCUGACCUGGGAAUUAAUUAUUCAAACUAUCAGAAGCAUCCCGCACCCUCAGGGGCUCCACCCCAGAAUUGAGCAAUAUAAUCCACCACUUACUUCCUCACUGUGUUCUCAGCACCGCCGCCCUUUCUUCAGUCAGACACAUCUGCCUUUCCUGGAGGUGUCCCACAGGUGACAAGCCCAGAAUCAUGGCUGAAACAAAAUAUACUUCAAAUAUGGAAGGAUUUAACUGGGAUAAUUACAGCGAUGAAGAUUUUGGCAAUUACAGUUACAAUACUGACCUGCCUUCUAUUCUACCAGACUCUGCCCCAUGUCGACCAGAAUCUCUGGAUAUCAAUAAGCAUGCUGUGGUCGUCAUCUAUGCCCUGGUCUUCCUGCUAAGCCUCCUGGGAAACUCCCUGGUGAUGCUGGUCAUCUUAUACAGCCGGGUCGGUCGCUCUGUCACUGAUGUCUACCUGCUGAACCUGGCCAUGGCUGACCUGCUCUUCGCCAUGACCUUGCCUAUCUGGGCCGCCUCCAAGGCAAAGGGCUGGAUCUUUGGCACACCCCUGUGCAAGGUGGUCUCACUCCUGAAGGAAGUCAACUUCUACAGUGGUAUUCUACUGCUGGCCUGCAUCAGCAUGGACCGCUACCUGGCCAUUGUCCAUGCCACACGCACACUGACCCAGAAGCGCCACUGGGUCAAGUUCAUAUGUAUAGGCAUCUGGGCCCUGUCUGUGAUCCUGGCUCUGCCCAUCUUCAUCUUCCGCAGGACCAUCCACCCACCCUAUUCCAGUGCAGUCUGCUACGAGGACCUGGGUGCCAAUACAACGAAAUGGCGAAUGUGGAUGAGGGUCCUGCCCCAGACCUUUGGCUUCCUCCUGCCCCUGCUGGUCAUGCUGUUCUGCUACGGACUCACCCUGCGCACGCUCUUUUCAGCCCAAAUGGGGCAGAAGCACCGGGCCAUGCGGGUCAUCUUUGCAGUUGUGCUCGUCUUCCUGCUCUGCUGGCUGCCCUACAACCUGGUCCUGGUCAUGGACACCCUCAUGAGGCUCCAUGUGAUCCCUGAGACCUGUCAGCGCCGCAAUGACAUUGGCCGGGCCCUGGAUGCCACCGAGAUCCUGGGCUUCCUGCACAGCUGCCUCAACCCUCUCAUCUAUGUCUUCAUUGGCCAGAAGUUUCGCCACGGACUCCUCAAGAUCAUGGCCAUCCAUGGCCUGAUCAGCAAGGAGUUCUUGGCCAAGGACGGCAGGCCUUCCUUUGUUGGCUCUUCUUCAGGGAACACGUCUACUACCCUCUGAGACCCCUCAGCGGGCUCCUCGCUUCCCCUCAGCAUCAUCCCAAGCCCCAUGUCCUCUGGCCAGGCACAGUCCCGUGUCAAGGCAGCUCCCCACUGUGGCUGUAGGAAGUUGCUGAGGCCACGUCCCUCUUAGGCCCCCAUCACAUGGAUUAGACAGCCUGUCCUGGCCCCACCUCUUGCUGUAAUUGCCAUGUCAACUGAUAGAGCUUGGUGCAUCCUACCACUGAGCCCACAGUGCUCUAUCUUCUGGCAGACAUCCUUUGAAGAUAUUCUUUUCAGUGAUUACAAAAA